AUGGCACCAAAGGUGCGACCAAGACCGCGGGCACGGCAGCAUGAGCCGGAAGUGGAUAUUAUAAGCAGUGGCAGUCCUGGUGGUAGUGGUAGUGGUACACAGGCGCGUGCAUCAACUUCGAAAUCGACCACGCCAACUCGAGUCACAGCGAUGAACAGCGCGGAUAAGAUUGUUGACAAUGAUGAUUUCUUUAUUCGUAAUACAGGCGCAAUGUGGAAGCGCAACUUUCUCAAGUCUGCCAAGCGUACGCGUGGUGAUGAAGAGCAGGAGAAGAAUGAAGAUAAGGAUAAGAAUGGCGUGAUAGAUUUAUCUUCUAGUAGCGAACAUUCAUUCACCGACGAAGACGACGAUAACCCCGCGUCUAGUUCACCCGUAUACGGUGAGAACGAAGAUGGUAGUAUGCCUGAACGACCACGACGCCGUCGCAAGCGAGCAAACAACAUCAAACAGCACCCCUUGCCUGAAUGGACAAAUCCCAGAAUACGAGGGCAAAAAAUGGUUGCACAGGGUGGCCAACACACGCUUGUGAAUGCUUCUGAGACUUUUGAACAACACUUUGAGGACGAUCUCGACUCACAGGUUGAAGUGAGGGAUAGAAAGGACGAUAGCGGGCGAGGAUCGUCGCACGUAGAACUCACACCUCCACCAACGAUCAUAUCGCGAACGACGGUGACGCGACCGCUUCAAAACGUCUACGAGCAAAAUGAGAAUGAGGAGGAGGUAUUCGACUUGACAGAAACGGUGAAUCUCAACCCAACUCUUCUGGCUAUACGCGAGAACAUGAAGAAGAACCCAGCACCUCAGACUGUCAGUGCUGGUACCGGACCUGAGAUAAUCGAUAUAAAGUGCAAGAUUAUCAUAAAUACACGUGCGAGCAAGAAGUACACAGGAAUGGAACAGCACGAUGCGAUGCAGUUCGGCGAGCUCAACAAAUCAUUCAGAUACAGACGCGCGGAUAGCUUCGAAUCGCUGUUCAGAUAUCUCGCACAGAAGGACGUGCUCAACACACAACUCGAUGGCGUCGUCAUGACUUAUGAGCGCCACAGAGUCUUCACAGGUGCUACACCUGAGUCACUGAAUAUGUGGGAUAAGGCAGAUAUGGAGGCGAUGACGGCAUCGACGUAUGACUUUCUCAAAGAAAAGAGACGACUGCAGUACAUGGAACAAGUAGAGAGAGCAAGGUUUGAGGAAGAGGAGGAGCGUCGAAAUAGAAUCGAGCAGGAGGAGGAAGUUGUUAAGGAGGCAGAAGAUCGUGAAAGCAGCUCUGAUAUCGAGUUUGUUGGUGCUUCUCAGAGACCUUCUCUGAAGCAGACUCCACGGCCACCUCCUAAUGCACAACCAUCUCCUAAUAGGAUCAGAAUCACUCUGCGUGGUAUGAAUAGGGAUGAGGAGUAUAAGAUACAGAUCCCUGUAGAGAAGAAAUGCUCUGUUCUACUCAGCUCUUACCUCACCUACUUUAAAAUCGAUCAUGGUCAGGCUUCAUCCUAUGAGCUGGAUUUGAAUGGCGAUAGAUUGGAUCUGAAUGAUGCAGUCGAGAAUACAGAUCUCGAAGACGAGGAUCUGCUUAACGUAAUCAAAAAGCGGUAA